UAAUAGCGAAAUUCCGGAAAGAGUGGUGUGUCUUCUUCUUCACAUUGGAAUAUCCAAUCACCCAACAAACAAAAUAAAAAUAUAUUUAUUCAAUUAUUUUGGUCACAUACCAAAGUAAUGGUUUCAAAUUUCAAUGUAACAUCCACUCCUUUAUCUUCCUUCUAUUCUAUUCUAUAUUCAUCAUCAUCAUCAUAAUAAUUCAUCCACCAUCUACUCUUCUUCAACCUUCCUUUCUUUCUUUCUAGAUAGAUCUCUCCCAUCCUUUUUUUCAUCAACUACCAUUUCAAUCUCAAGUUUCCAUUUUCCUCUUCUUGUUAAGACUUAUAUACAAUCAAUCAAUAAAGAUUCUGAAUAUCAAGUUUCAAUAAUACAAUUUGAAAGCUUAUAUAAGUUGAGGCAGACAAUUGGGUUUUCUGAGACAAUGUUUGGAGGAAACAACAACGGAAACCGCGUUCUUCCUGGUUUCUUAGAUGAGACUCAAAUUCAGUAUCAAAAUAACGCAGCAAAUCAGUUGCAACUGUUUGGAAAUUUACAAGCUGGAUGUAGUGUUGGUCCAGUAAACUUUGGAAACGAGCAUAUCGGUACCAUGAUUCUGCCUAAUAAUAACCGAAGCAGGGAUUUGGAAGAUAUCUCAAAGCAGCAAAGGCUUCAAAUUUCCUUAAAUUACAAUGCUCGUCAAGAUGAACCUGAUCGAUCAGCAAGUAUUCCAAAUCCUAACCAUGUGUCAACAGGAUUAAGGCUUUCGUACGAUGAUGAUGAGCGUAACUCAACUGUUACUUCUGCCAGUGGCAGCAUAACUGCUACACCUUCUAUCAUGUUGUCUCUUGGCGACAACAUCAGAACUGAGCUUGAUAGGCAACAAGAAGAGUUGGACCAGUAUAUUAAAUUUCAGAAGGAACAGUUAUCAAAAGGAGUCAGAGAUAUGAAGCAAAAACACAUGACUUCUCUCGUUACUUCCAUUGAGAAAGGUAUUGGCAAGAAGCUAAAAGAAAAAGACAUGGAGAUAGAGAACAUGAACCGUAAAAACAAGGAGCUAGCCGAAAGAAUAAAGCAAGUCGCUAUUGAAGCACAAAACUGGCACUAUAGAGCAAAAUAUAAUGAAUCGGUUGUAAACGCGUUGAGGAACAACCUUCAGCAGGUAAUUUCAAACGGAGUCGAGCAAGGACUAAAAGAAGGGUUUGGAGACAGUGAAGUUGACGAUGCUGCCUCAUAUAUAGAUCCGAAUAACUUCCUGAGCAUUCCGAAUGCACCUAUGAAAUCUAUUUACAAGAGCUACCAAGGAAUGGAGAAUCUUUCUUGCAGAGCAUGCAAAGCGAAAGAGCAAUAUUCCAAGUCGAUGCAGAGCAACCUUUGCGCCUCCGAUGCCAGAGAAGAGAGACAAGACAUUAUUAACUUCUGGGGCCGUGGUAAGCAACCGUAUCAACCUGAAGUCAAUUCUAUAUAAAAAAAGAAACAAAAUAGAUUAAGAACUGUCUUAUAUUAUCAUCCAACAAUGAGUUAAAAACACCAAUAUCAGAAGUUUGAUAUGAGAGGGUAAAACUCGUCGGCAUAACAUGCAUCGAGAUCCUCCCUGGUUUGGAUACUUCUUUCGCAUGUUUAUAUUUCUCUUCUACCGGAAGCGUCCAAUACCAGAAAGGAUCUCAAUCUGCAUAAUAGCAUAAUAACGCGAAAUGCAUUGCCUAGUGCUUCAAGUGGCUCCAUAACCCAAACCAAGUUCCACCUUCUACUUGACCCUCAACAUUUGAGUCGAAAAUCCUAUUGGACAGUUUUUUAGUAGGAAGAUAUCCCUAUUUCACCUCGUCUUGAGUCAACGCUGGCUGAUCCUCAAAACUUAGCUAUUCAGGUAGGAACUCUUGAAGUACAUUUUCUUGUGCAUUUUUAGGUGAAAGUUCAGAACCAAAAACUUCCUUAGCCUCUUUGUAAUUGUGGCAGGAGGAAUGGUAGUUAACUAGGACCAAAAUCUGCUUGUCCAUUUUAUUGUUGUGGUGUUUCACUCUUUUAUUUGUA